AAACACAUUUCUCAACACGUGCUUGUGGCUCAUAAUAACGUCUUCAUAUUGUUAGUUGUUUUUUAAUUGUCAGACUUUAGAUAAUAAUUAAUCUGUUAGUUUCCACUUAUAAAGCAAAGAUAAGCUCUGUUCCUCCCACUCCAAGAUGGUAAAAGUGCGCGGAAAGAAAGUAAACCUGACUCCGUCGGAGCACGUCCUUAAAGACCUCGUCGGUCCAAAAGGGAGGCGUGCUGUUCAGAAAAUUAAGAAACAUCCACAAAAUCACAAGAAAAAUCUUGCUGCAGCUGUCGAAGUCGCCGAACUGGCCAAGAAAAAGGCGAAUGAAGUAGUUUUACCAGAUAGUAGAAAGUCGGACGAGUCUAAUGCACCACUUUCCAAAGGUCGCUGGACGAACAAGCAACGAGUUUUGAUCUUUGGUUCGAGAGGUAUAUCUUUCCGUGGGCGACAUAUUAUGGAUAAUCUCCGACGUUUAAUGCCUCAUACUAAAAAGGAGUCAAAAAUGGAUAAGAGAGACAAACUAUUUGCUAUUAAUGAGAUCGCUGAAAUGAAAAAUUGCAACAAAACUUUAUUUUUUGAGGGCCGAAUAAAGGGUGACAUUUAUUUAUGGAUGUCCAACAUUCCUGACGGACCGUCCUGCAAAUUUUUGAUGGAAAAUGUGUCCACCAUGGAAGAACUGAAGUUUACGGGAAAUUGUCUGAAAGGCUCACGAGCCUUGUUAUCUUUCGAUCCCACGUUCGAGACUGCGCCACACUAUCAAAUGAUGAAGGAAAUGUUUAUGCAAAUAUUUGGGACACCGUAUCACUACCCAAAAAGCCAGCCCUUCAUUGAUCAUGUUUUCACCUUCAGUAUCCUCGAUAAUCGAGUUUGGUUUAGAAACUAUCAAAUCAUGGAGGAGGAUGGAUCCCUGGUCGAAAUUGGACCACGAUUUUGUUUGAACCCGAUCCGAAUUUUUGAAGCAAGCUUCAAUGGCAAAACAAUUUGGAGUAAUCCACACUACGUGACUCCAAAUAAGUAUCGUUCCAUGUUGAAAAAGGCAAAUGCUGGUAAAUAUGAAAAUAAACUCUCUCAAAAAUUAGAGUACGAAAACAGCAGACCAGAAUUCUCCUACAAAAUGGAUCCCUCCGAUGAGAUUUUUAGUGUAGAACCGCAACAUGAGUGACGAAAUUGAGUUAAAACCGUUUUUACAAUUUAUUUACUAUUAUUUAGUAUUCUUUUCAAAAAUUUCUAUUGAAUCGCAAUGCUUUGACAUAAAAUAAAUAAAUAAUAAUUGUAUAGAUAACUUGCCCAGAUUAUACUCUUUUACAGAAAUAUAUAUUUUAUAUUAUAUCCUGAAA